GAAAUGUAAAAGAUAAAGCCCCUCUCCUUCCGUAGCUGUCUCUCUCUCUAUCCCCACGAGAGAGAUUUUUUCUCCGACGCUCCCGGAAAAUUUUGUCGAAUUGUUGGAGGGAGAGGAAAAAAUCCAUGGAUUUUCAUAGUAUCAGGCUCCGAUUGGCGUCUGUCUUCCUGCUUCUAGGGUUUGUAUCGUGCUUUAGCUUGCAGGGUAUUGCAGCGGAAAAUCUUUCCGAGCUGAAACUCAACUCACCGAUUCUUCAGGAUGAGAUUGUAAAGCAAGUGAAUGAGAACCCAAAUGCUGGGUGGAAAGCUGCCAUCAAUGAUCGGUUUUCCAAUACCACCGUUGCAGAAUUUAAACGCCUCCUUGGGGUGAAACCGACGCCGAAGAAGGAACUCUUGGGUGUCCCUAUUGUAAGCCAUGACAGAUCUUUGAAGCUGCCCAAAGAGUUUGAUGCGAGAACUGCUUGGCCCCAGUGCAGCACCAUUGGAAGGAUCUUGGAUCAGGGUCACUGUGGUUCUUGCUGGGCAUUUGCUGCUGUUGAGUCACUGUCCGACAGAUUCUGCAUCCAUUUUGGCAUGGAUGUUCCUCUAUCUGUCAAUGAUCUCUUGGCAUGCUGUGGAUUCCUGUGCGGUAGUGGUUGUGAUGGUGGAUACCCCAUUGCUGCCUGGCGGUACUUUUGGUACCGUGGUGUUGUCACUGAAGAGUGCGACCCAUACUUUGACAAUACCGGCUGUUCCCACCCGGGCUGUGAACCAGCUUAUCAUACCCCAAAGUGUGUGAGGAAAUGCGUUGGAGGGAACCAGCUAUGGAAGGAAACGAAACACUUUAGUGUUAGUGCUUACAGAAUCAAAUCCGACCCACAAGAUCUAAUGGCAGAACUUUACAAGAAUGGACCUUUUGAGGUCGCCUUUACUGUUUACGAGGACUUUGCCCAUUACAAGGCUGGAGUUUACAAGCACAUAACGGGUGGUAACAUUGGAGGACACGCAGUUAAGCUUAUCGGCUGGGGAACCACCGAGGAAGGGGAAGAUUACUGGCUUAUGGCAAAUCAAUGGAACAGAGGAUGGGGUGAAGAUGGUUACUUCAAGAUCAGGAGAGGAACGAACGAGUGUGGAAUCGAAGAGGAAGCAGUGGCUGGCUUACCUUCGAGCAAGAACCUGGCUCAGGACAUCGCCGGUUUGGAUGAUCUUCGGGUUGCUUCAGCCUAAAUCCCUUUUUAUCAGAACGCUCCUAUCCAUGUAAUUCCCUCCUCGUUGUAAUGUAUAUAUUAUUACAUGUAUUCAAUGAAAUCAUGGAACUUAUGUCUGUGAAUAGGUAUUGGAAUAAAAAGUUCAUUAUCAUUACUCAUUA